AAGAAAAGAAGGAAGCGUCGACCUUCUACUAGUUAGCAAUACAUAAUACUAGUUAGCAAUAAAUAAUACUAAUUAGCAAUUAAUAAUACUAGUUAGCCAUUAAUAAUCCUCUGCGGCGUCUCUUCUUGCCUCUGACACAUCAUUCUUGAACUUUGCGUUAUGUGGAGUUGACCACCAUGUGGUCCUACAUUGGAAGGAAAGCGCCUCUCUUCAGAGGCUCUGUGGGGGGCUGCAGUUGUCCAAGAGUCACUCAGGUGACUCGGGCCUGUAGUAGUCUGCUGACUGACAGCAGGAAGGGGCUUGUCCUGCACUCCCAGUCCACAGACAUAUACGAGAACCUUUCCCUGGAGAACUGGAUAGAGGACAACGUGGACCUGGAGCAACGCAACAUCCUACUGCUGUGGCGCAGCAGGCCAGCCGUGGUCAUUGGGCGACACCAGAAUCCCUGGCAGGAAUGCAACCUGUCACUCAUGAGGCAUUCAGGAAUAACUUUAGCCCGAAGACAAAGUGGUGGAGGCACGGUCUUCCAUGACCUAGGAAACCUCAACUUGACCUUCUUUGCUUCGAAGAAGGCGUAUAACCGCCAGAGGAACCUGAAGGUCAUCACGGACGCUCUGAAGUGUCUUCGACCUGGACUGGAGGUCCAAGCCACCAAAAGGUUCGACAUCUUUCUGAAGGGGCAGUACAAGAUCUCAGGAAGUGCAUCCAGAAUUGGCAGGAAGUCAUCAUACCACCACUGCACACUCCUGCAUUCAGCAGACCAAUCUGCCCUCUCCACCGUCUUCCGCUCUUCCUGCCAGGGUCUCCGCAGCAAUGCCACGCCCAGUGUGCCCUCACCUGUGGCCAACCUGCUGGACCUUGACCCCAGCAUGCAGUGGGAGGAGCUGCUGGAUGCACUGGCCAAUCAGUACAGUGCAGAGUUUGGUGUCAGCUCUGCAAAAAAUCCUGUUAGUCCUGCUGAUGAGUCAGCAUUUCCGGGUGUCAGCAGGGCGGCCGCAGAACUACGAGGGUGGGACUGGAUAUUUGGAAAGACCCCAAAGUUCAGUGUCCAAACGCUCCUGACAAUGACUGAUAACACUUCAUCAGCUGAAUGCACGGCACAUCUUUGUGUGGAGGUGAAGAGUGGCGUGAUUGACAAGUGCCACUUGGACCUUCCUACUGACUGGCUUCCACCUGGCCUCACCAGCAAGGUGAGCAGAGUGCUGGAGGGAGAGCAGUUUUGUUCACAACGCAUCGCUGCGUCGUUUGCUGUGGUGUGGCGCUGUGAGAGCAGCAAACACUGUAACAGACUUCAAAGACUGUGUGACGCCAUCUUGGCUGCCAUGGGUGAACACAAACAUAAGGGAACAUUAGCUGUGUCCCAAGUCAGGGCUGUCACCAUGUAGGCCUCCUCUAGCUCUGAUCACACAUGUCUCACUCCUGACACAAGUCAGGGCUGUCACCAUGUAGGCCUCCUCUAGCUCUCUUCACACAUGUCUCACUUCUGACACAAGUCAGGGCUGUCACCAUGUAGGCCUCCUCUAGCUCUCUUCACACAUGUCUCACUCUGACACAAAAGUUAACAUAGUUGAAAUACGCCUGAGGUAUGAGUGACCACAACAUAUAGGGAAGUGUCUUGACAAAGUCCUCAUUUGAAGGAGGCCUCAAACCUUCAUAUCACUCUUUAAGAGUUUCAUUUCAAUCCCUAGUUCUUUCAUGCACAUACCUGAAUGUUUGCCAUUGUAUGUUGUGUGUGUGUGGGUGUGUACAUAAAUGUAUAUUUGUGUGUGUGCGUGCAUAUAUAUGCCUGUUUUUAGCGUGUCUAACACACAUCCUUCCACUUUCUGUUUGCGGCACUUGGUGGAAAAAGUUUUGAGAGUGAUAGUGUUGGUCAGUGGCACUCUAAAAUAUAUGUUUUGGUAUUUCAAUUUUCUUUUCAUAAACGGAUAUUGAAAACAAAGAAGUCUGUGUACGUCGCAACCAUUCGUUUUUCGUUUGGAAUAGAAAGAUUAUUUUACGUAAGUCCAUUUCUCCCGUUUUUAACUUUGAUAAUAAAAAACGUAUCCUAAUCCAUUAUCUUCCAUCCAAUUUAAAUGUUUUAAAAAAUGGAAAAUGGGAAUCAAAAUGAGUGAAAAAGUACUUUCUCUAUUGGAGGUUCAAAGUUUGGACAUACCGUAUUUUUUGGACUAUAAGUCGCAUUUUUUUUCAUAGUUUGGCCGGGGAUGCGACUUAUACUCAGGAGCGACUCGUGUGUGAAAUGAUGAACACAUUAGCGUAAAAUAUCAAAUAAUAUUAUUGAUCUCAUUCACGUAAGAGACUAGACGUAUAAGAUUUCAUGGGAUUUAGUGACAGAUUGUUUGGUAAACGUAUAGCAUGUUCUAUAUGUUAUAGUUAUUUGAAUGACUCUUACCAUAAUAUGUUACGUUAACAUACCAGUUGCUUAUUUAUGCCUCAUAUAACGUACACUUAUUCAGCCUGUUGUUCACUAUUCUUCAUUUAUUUUAAAUUGCCUUUCAAAUGUCUAUUCUUGCUGUUGGCUUUUAUCAAAUACAUUUCCCCAAAAAAUGCGACUUAGAUUCCUGUGCGACUUAUUUAUGUUUUUUUCCUUCUUUAUUAUGCAUUUUCGGCCGGUGCGACUUAUACUCCGAAAAAUACGGUAUGCGUAUAUUGCACAUGCACAGUGUCUUUUGUGUGAGUGACCCUGACCAACAACAACAACAACAACAACAGAAGAAGAUCGACUGGUGUUGUGCCAAAAUGUGAUUGCCUGCCAAAAAUGGAUUCCCUUCGCGGGAGCGCGCACCAGAAAGUAUAUUGUGUGUAUUAAUUUUUGUCAAAUUUUCAAUAAAUGUAAUAUUUUGAUAUUCACACAUCGCAUAUUUACACACUCAUAUUUUACUAGAAUGAGCAUUACAUAUAUCAAAAUCAAGUAGCUACUGUACUGUUUACUUGUUGAAAUACCCCUUUUACAGCUCAAAUAUACCCAAACCACCACUUUGCUGCUGUCAAAAAUUGAUUCCAGAUAAAAUGAACAAAAUGUCAAAGCAUUUGUCUAAAAAACCCCAAUAUUAUACAUUUUGAAAAUGUAAACGAUAGCAAGAAUAUACCUACAAAUUUCAGAAAAUUUCACUCGCAAACACUUGUUUAAAAUUUUUUACUGUACCAAACUUCUAAAUAACUUAAGAAAAAUCACCGAUAAAAACUGGAAAAGUGUCACUGAAGGUGUUGGUGUGAUGUCAUUCUGUGACAGCUCCAGUAUGUGCUGAGAGAAUACAUCUUUUUUACUUUUGUGUCAUUUUUCCUUUUUCAAAUUGCUCAACUUACAACUAUUUACAGUGACAUAUAUAUAUAUAUAUAUAUACACACACACACACACACGCAUGCAUUAAUACAGUAUACAUAUAUACACACAAACACUCAAUUUGACAUAUAAAUGAACAUUACUAUUUUUAAUAAGUUACAGUAAUAUAUAAUUUAUAUAUAUAUAUACAUAUAUAUAAUAUGUAUAUUAUAUACAUAUAUAUUUAUAUAAAUAUGUCUGUGUAUACUUACAUAAACACACACAAGUGUUGGUACCAACCAAACCUAACCCCCCCUCCAUAUCCCAUAUCCCGGAUUGUAAAUAAUGUAAAUAAUUCAAUGUAUAUACUCUGAUGAUUAUCUUGUGUGAUGACUGUAUUAUGAUGAUAGUAUAUAUCUGUAUCAUGAAUCAAUUUAAGUGGACCCCGACUUAAACAAGUGGAAAAACGUAUUGUGGUGUUACCAUUUAGUGGUCAAUUGUACGGAAUAUGUACUGUACUGUGCAAUCUACUAAUAAAAGUUUCAAUCAAUCAAAACAAACUUACUUUGAGCUAUAAAUAACAUAAUUCCAGCCAUCCAUCCUUUCGGGGUGGCGGGGGGUGCUGGAGCCUAUCUCAAGGCGGUGUACACCCUGGACAAGUAAAUAACAUCAUUAUUUACAGUAAGGUCUAGUGGUCAGAGUGUCCGCCCUGAGAUGGGUAGGUUGUGAGUUUUUGUACUUAUUAUUUCUCAACUGUUUGUAAAUGUCGCAAUUUAUAAAUAAAGGUUUAUAAAAUAAAAUGAUUGUCACAAAAAACUUGUUUCGGGUGUAAAAAGAGACACUGCGCAUGUGCAGUCUACGCAUAUGUCCAAACCUUGAACCGGAAAUAGACAAAUUACUUUUGAUUCCCAUUUUCGAAUUUUUAGAACAUCAUUAAAAUCGGAUGGCAGAUAAUGGAUAAUGAUCUGUUUCUGUUUUGUUGUUGUUGUUUUUUCAAACCAAAAAUCGGGAAAAGUGGAUUUUUAUGUAAAACUAUUUUUCUAUUCCAAACGAAAAACGAAUGGCCGCGACGUAGACGAAGCACAACUACUACAAGAUUCACAUUCUGGAAAUAAACCAUUUCAAAUGACAACUGAAUUAUGUAGAGUACAACUAUCAUUUGUACUACUACGCUACACGGAUAAACCUAUAAAGUGUGGCGUUGUCUGUUAAGCCUUUAUUUUGAUAUAGCGUACAGGAUGUCCCCGACCGGAUGUAACGCAAUGACGCUUGUUGUUGUGACACAUUGAAUCCUGUGCUGCACUGAGUGCUGAUUGGAAU